GGAGGGGUGGGAAGUAGACGCUGAAUAAAGAGGAAGCCGUGCCGCUCGGUCUGUAAUGACCACAAGCACCCGCGGAGGAGACUAGCGCCCCCGCCGUCGGAUACUAAGUGUCCGCGUCCCGUCCUUUCCCGUCGCGGUGGAUUAUUGGGUUCGGGAGGGGAGAAGGCCAUGGUCCCGACCGACUGAACGGCCCUUUGCUGGCGGAGGCGGCGGCGGCGGCGGUGGAGGAGGCGAGGAGCGCGCCGUGGGGACGGUUUAUGGGGCUUUGUGUGGCGAGGAAAAUGGUGGAUUAUUUGCCCCGUGUGUCAUAAAACGCUUGGAUAUCCUCUCGUGAAAACCGGAUCGUGACCCCCCUCCCUGCGCCAGCCUCGGGCCCUGUCCGCGGCAACUCGGGUCGUGUUUUACGGUUUGGUUGGUGGGGAGCCCCCCUCCCCCUCCCCGCAGCCCCCUAGCUCGAUCCGAACCGCCUCGUCCACUUGUAUUUAUUCCCGUACAUGUAGGAUCCUCGGGUCGGUUCGACACGCCCGCACCCCCCCCGUUUGGAAAACAUUAAACCCGCGGAUUACCGAGCGAUGGAUUUCACCGGCAGCGGCGGAGCCAACGACCUGCACAACAACCAGUUCUACCCGUGCGAGGAGAACAAGCCUCUGCUGGGGGAGAUGUCGGAGGGGAACAACAACAACACCAAGCCGAGCGCGGGGCCCUGCAAGCGGUCCCUGCACCACUGCAGCAGCGGCGGCGGGAUGCGAUACAAGCUGCUGCACGAAGGGGACAUCCAGGUGUGCGUGGUCAAGCACCCGCGCACCUUCCUCAGCAAGAUCCUCACCUCCAAGUUCCUGCGGAGGUGGGAGCCGCAUCACCUCAGCCUCGCGGACGGCAGCCUCACCUCGGCCACCCCCACCGGAUACAUGGAGACGUCCCUGUCCUACAGCUUCAUAGAGGACCUGCAGCUGCUGUCGUGGGACAACGCUCCCAAGUACUGUGUCCAGCUCAGCUUCCCCGGCGGCACCGUCCUGCUGCAGGCUGCAAACAGCUACCUAAGGGACCAGUGGUUUCACUCCCUGCAGUGGAAGAAAAAGAUCUACAAGUACCGCAAAGUCCUGAACAACCCGAGUCGCUGGGACGUGGUGCUGAAGGAGAUCAGGGCGCUGGUGGACAUGGCUCUGACCUCACCGCUGCAGGACGAGUCCAUCUACCAGGCUCCUCUGCACAUCAUCUCCACCCUGCUGGCUGAGAACUCUAAUCUCAGCACUCAGGAUCAUGAGAACAUCAUUGUGGCCAUUGCUCCUCUCCUGGAAAACAACCACCCACCACCUGACCUGUGUGAGUUCUUCUGCAAGCACUGUCGGGAGCGGCCGCGGUCCAUGGUGGUGAUUGAAGUGUUCACUCCUGUGGUUCAGAGAAUCCUCAAACACAACAUGGAUUUUGGAAAGUGUCCCCGACUGCGUCUCUUCACCCAGGAGUACAUCCUGGCCCUCAACGAGCUGAAUGCUGGCAUGGAGGUCGUCAAGAAGUUCGUCCACAGCAUGCAUGGGCCCACGGGGCAGUGCCCUCACCCGCGCGUCCUGCCGAACCUGGUGGCAGUGUGUCUCGCCGCCAUUUACUCCUGCUACGAGGAGUUCAUCAACAGUCGGGACACCCCGAGCCUGAAGGAGAUCAGAAACGGCUGCCAGCAGCAGAACGAGCGGAAACCUCCGAUGCCGCUCCUGCUGCGCCCCGAGCCGCCGCCGCCGCCGCCUCCGAACGCCAUCGUCAACCCCACCCACCCUCAGCCACCAGCCCCGGCGCCCCCGAACCCCGCCGCGUCCAUCCCCUUCUCCUCCUCCCCUCCUCCCCCCCCCCCCUGCGUCGUCACCUCCAGCGAGAUCCUGGUGGAGCUGGAGCGGAACAACAACUCGGCCAACGCCCGGCGGAAGGACGGCCCGGCGGCGGUGGAGCGCGAGCCCAACCUCAUCGACCGCCUGCUGGUCAGCCCGGCCGCCAGCACGCUGUCCAUCCAGCUGCCGGCGCAGGCCGACCGCGUGCUGGGCUGCUUCGCCCUCAUCCUCAAGAUGCUGUCGGACUACGAUGACUGGAGACCCGCCCUGGCCAGCCUGCUGCAGCCCAUCCCCUUCCCCAAGGAGGCCCUCGCACACGCCAAGUUCACAAAGGAGCUGAAAUACGUCAUUCAGCGGUUUGCCGAGGACCCGAGGCAGGAGGUACAUUCCUGCUUACUCAGCGUGCGCUCGGGUAAAGACGGCUGGUUCCAGCUCUACAGCCCGGGGGGCGUGGCCUGCGAUGACGACGGAGAGCUGUUUGCUAGCAUGGUCCACAUCCUGAUGGGUUCCUGCUACAAGACCAAGAAGUUCCUGCUGUCGCUGGCUGAGAACAAGCUGGGUCCCUGCAUGCUGCUGGCCCUGCGCGGGAACCAGACCAUGGUGGAGAUCUUGUGUCUGAUGCUGGAAUACAACAUCAUCGAGAACAAGGACACCCAGCUGCAGAUCAUCUCCACGCUGGAGAGCACCCAGGUGGGCCUCCGCAUGUACGAGCAGCUCUGCGACCGACAGAGAGAGCUCAAAGAGCUGCAAAGGAAAGGAGGUCCCACCCGGCUGACGCUGCCCUCAAAGUCCACGGAUGCAGACCUGGCCCGUCUGCUGAGUUCAGGUUCCUUUGGGAACUUGGAGAACCUGAGCUUGGCCUUCACCAACGUCACCAGUGCCUGUGCCGAGCAGCUCAUCAAGCUGCCGUCACUCAAACAGCUCAACCUCUGGUCCACACAGUUUGGUGACGCGGGGUUGCGGUUGCUGUCCGAGCACCUGGCGUGUCUUCAGGUUUUGAACCUGUGCGAGACGCCGGUGACCGACGCCGGCCUGCUCGCCCUCAGCUCCAUGAAGAGUCUGUGCAGCCUGAACAUGAACAGCACCAAGCUCACGGCGGACACGUACCAGGACCUCAAGGCCAAGCUGCCCAACCUGAAAGACGUUGACGUCCGGUACACGGAGGCCUGGUGAUCAACCACCCGGCCCUCACACACACACACACACACACACGGAGGUGACGGAGUGAUGUCGCCUCCAUCGUUAGACCGCCGCCGCGGAGGAGGAGGAGGAGGAGCCUUCGUCAUCUUCAGACGGCCAUCAGCAGAAAGGUUUUUUUUUUUCCUAAAACAGUCGCCUUUCACGGACCUCGUCGCUCCGCUCACAUCCGUCCCCCGACGCCCCGAAGGAGCCGCGAUGUUACUCUUUGUAUCUUUCUCUUUCGCCCGCCGUGUUUCACUUUUGCCGUUUGUUUUCAUAUCCAAGUCCCAAGUCCAGGUCCAGGUCCAGGUCCAGGUCCAGGUCCAGGUCUCCCUCCCGCUCAUGUUGUGAGCCUCUUUUUUCUCUCUCUCUCUCUGCCCUCCUCCCGCCCUGAAGGCUUGGACCCAGCAGCUCACAUUCCAGUUCUCCUCCGGUCCGCUCCGCUUAUGUAGCUCGCUCCCGUCCCCCCGUCCCCCCGGCGGUUUUCAGGGUCUCCCCCGGCUUCUGGUCUCUUUGGGGUGAGAAAGUGAGGCGCUGCCUGCGAGAGAAGAAGGGGAAGCCGUGAGACUCCUGUCGCUGCAAAAAGAUUUUCUCUUUCAAAAGAUUUUCUGUGUUUCUCUUCUUGCGCCGGUGAAACUUUUUUGGGACCUCGACAGGAACGAACGGCGACGUUGGUUCCUUUUUUAAAACGUGUUCUCAGUGCAGCACACUGAUGAUCUCCCAUUUCUAUCUAAUAGGAAAGCUGUGUAGCAGUAGCUGGGGGUCGGGGGUCGGGGACCUCCUCGUAUUUAUUAUUUGUGUUGUUAAAGCCUCUUUUACUCUCUGGAGCCCCGACGGAAGUGAAGCACGGGUUCGCGAUAACGUUUAUCAGAAGAAGCCCCGAUGGGAUUCAUAUAAGACGCCGAUCAGCAGCUCACAGCCCUCCCGUCUUUAUCAGAAAGGACACCUGCCAAACGGUUUUUGGGGGGAAGGGGGGGGGGGGGCGUUUUUAGGGCGUCGCCAUCAAUGAACGGGACAAAAUUAUUGUACAUAUCGCUUCGCAUUGAGCUAUGAGGGACGACGAACGGGAGGAGGGGGGUCAACUUUCGGCCACGUUUACCCGUCUGCAUCUCCUAUAAAUGUCCCAUGACCACCCUGUCAGAACCCCUCGUUCCCCUCGGCCCAGUUGGGGCUGGUUUCUCUGCAGCCCGCCCGCCCGUCCCGCCGCCCCCAUCGGUUUAUCGGGCGCCGUGAGAGUUUUCGUCUCUUUGGGUCUCUUUCCAAUCCUGUAGAUACACAAAUGUAAAUAGUUCUGUCCUCCCUGAACCCCCCCUGUUUUUACCCCAAUCAUCCUUUUCCGUAGCGCGCAGCCCGUCAUCACUGGGCGCCCGGCGUUGCCUUCAUCUUCUGCGUGUGGUUCUUAUGGGUUUUUUUUUUACACAAAGUGCACUGUAAUCUAACGUGUUUUUCAUGAUAUCUUUAUGAAAACGUCUUCGAUUGGAUCUCUUUAAAUCAGACAUUUGUUUCCUGGCGUUGUCGUUUUAUUUUGCAUGUACAUGUUUCUGCGUCACCCGGUGUUUUUAUUUUGUAAUUUUUGUUUUUAUAAAAAAAGGUUUGAAAAUGUAAUAAAAGGGUCUGAUCACUAUCUGACUGAGGUUAAGGACUGAAAUGGGGCGUUCCCGUCCCGUGGCCGGAGGGAUCCUAUUGGUUGAGGCCGUCGGGAUUUGAGCGCUUUUGCCUGAAGGAUGGACUGAAGCUGCCAACAGCUGAGCUUUAAAGUUUUUCUAUUUUAGUCCUAAUGCCUGACAGAUAAUCAUAUCAGAGCUGGACUUCAUUGACUGAGCAUUUUGAUUUUACGUCCAGCUUCACUGUGGUUUGUUUUAUUCCAAAUGUCUGAAUGUUUGAGGAGAAUUUGACAUUUUGGAAAGAAAUGGGUUUUUUUUUUUUUUUUUGAACGUCCAAUGAGAGGAUUGGGAGCAUGAACGUCCUGUGAAGUGGGCGGACCCUCACUGAACUCCUCCCACUGAGUGUUUGAGGCUCCUCCCUCUUGUCCAUUGGGUUCUAGAAGGAACCGGCCUGACUAUUGAAUAAAAAAAAAAAAAAACUUGAUUACCCACAAUUCCUUGUAGUAAAAACAUGUUUGGCAGCUGGGGGGGUCGCCCAUCA